GAAGUUGAUCACCAACCAACAUCAUCUGCAGUAUGCCAAUCGUAUACCAGCCUGUUCCUCCAUCCGAUAUUGAGGCAGCUUACGCUAUAGAAAUCGCUGGUUUCCCUUCUGAGGAGGCUGCAAGUUUACAAGCAUUCCAGUAUCGCCAGCGAGAGGCUCCGGACCUCUUCCUAGGUGCCUACCUUACAGAAGGAGACACUCGUACCCUCGUUGGCUAUGUCUGCUCGACGCUAUCUCCAUCUCCCUCCCUAACACAUGAGUCCAUGAGCACGCAUGUACCAUCCUCACCAUCGGUGUGCAUUCAUUCCAUCUGUGUUUCCGCCACUCAUCGACGAAAGCGGAUCGCCGUCGGGCUUUUGAAAGCAUACAUAUCUCGCUUAGAACAAGCCCACAUUGACGGAGCUCCAUAUGAGAGGAUCCUCCUCAUUACACAUGAAGAACUGAGGCCGUUAUACGAGAAAGCCGGUUUUGAGUUCGUUGGACCGAGUGCGGUCGUACAUGGUUCUAGGCCAUGGUUCGAAAUGCGAAGGGUCCUUGAAGCCUCAUCAUCUGUUUCUUCACCGCCAUCACAAGCUCUUCCGCCGGGCAUUUGGGAAGCUCUCCAACGUGCUUCCACUUCUCGCAAUCGACCUGUUGCUCGCAGGCUCAGUUCUCUGCCGAACGGAUUAGACGAUGUGUCUGAACUUGCUACGGAUACUUCAGUGUCUGUCAACAAGGUUGACUUGCUUUGCCCAAGAGACGGUUGUGGCAGCAUCAUCCUAAAGAAUGGAGUUGCGACUCUCGUAGAGAAGGAGAGUGUGCAAUUGGAGCCACCAGAACGUCAGAACCCUCUCCUGCACCCGUUGCCCACUCCAGGGGCCCCGCUUCUCAAGUGGUGGAGAGUUACACCUAAUGCCAUGGCAUUCGAGAACAUUGGCUUCUCUAAACCCGUAGGUUCGCAAGUGUCGCCGAAUGGGAAGAAGCUUCAGCUUCUACUCUGUGCUGAAUGUGAUUUAGGACCAUUAGGUUGGUGCGAGGAAGGUGGAACGGAAUUUUGGCUCGCAUCCAAUCGCGUCGGAUAUCGACAGUAACUCGUGAGAAAAAGGGUAACACACUCCCUUUGCGUUUGAUUUUAGGUCUUGCGGCUGCUCAUUUCUGAGUCAUAUCCAAUAUGAGGCCGUGCACUAUGGAGACAAACGUUAUGGUAGACGGUGCCGUGAUUCUUAUCCCAUUACGCGCAUAUAUCUGGAAUAGUUGGGUGCAAAGCACUCUCGUAGAGCUUGUCGUCAAAGAGUUUCACUAAUGUACAGCUAAUCAAACGAAUGAAGCGCUCUUAUACAUAUAUACAUAUGAUGUGUUACAGAUCACGCAUCCUUCUUUACAAACGGGAGGAAUUCUUCGAAUCCAGGCUUUCCAUUCC